GGAAUGGAACUGUAACUUUGUCUUGGUUUAUCUAAUUUAUCCAGCUUGAACCCUGUGCCACAGUUCCGCCACGAGACCUCUGGCGAACUGACCCUCAAGGCCUCUGCCGAGGCGAUCCAGGUCGCCAAGGCAUAUGGCCUGAGCGGCCCUGUGCCGUUCAAGGUCAAGUCGGCCGAGAUGGUCAGGGAGCAGGCCAGGAGACGGGUGCGGGCAGCAGGUGGUGACCCCGGGGACUCCAAGCUGGUGCGCAGCGCCAGCGAGCUCCAGUUUGGACAGUACCGGGGUCAGACUUUUAAAUGGUUGCUGACCCAUGACCUCGGCUAUGCCGUCAUGGUGUUGGCAACCCACCUGAGGGAGCGCAAAGAUGGCCAGGUGUCGGAUAGCCCGCUGGCGAGCAAUAAAAACGCCCUGGAGUCGUACGCCUGGCUCUUCCCCGACGUGAAGAAGGCCAUCCGUCGUCGCCAGGAGAGAGACGGGUCGGCCAGGACUCUGGACGAGGGCAAGAGGCUCGUCGGCUUCGGCCAACACGGACACCUGACGUUUGAGGCCCUUUACGAUACAGAAGAUCGGGAGGCCAAGAGUUACAUCAAAUGGCUCCGGCGCCAGACCACCAAAGUCGGGACCAAGAUGCAUGCACUCCAGCUGUAUGUGCAGCGGAGAGACAAGGCGAAGGCGGCAGCAACCUCUUCCCUUCCCAAAACCACCACUGUUGCCCCCACCGCCUCUCUCUCUGCAGCAGCCUCCGUCAUCGAGAUUCCUGAUGACGUGCUGUUGUCGGCCAGCAUGGAGUUGGAGGCUGGUAAGUGACAGCCACCCAUGGAAACUGGUGGUGGCUUCUUCACUUUUUUUGUUUAA